AACCAAUUUGCUCAUCCCGGAGAAUGAAUUGCAUUCCGUUAUUACUAUCAUCCUUACCGGACAUGUCAAACCCUAAACCCCAAGACCAGGGAAGGAUUCAGGAGAUAGAUCUUGGAGUUCACACUAUAAAGACCCAUGGAGGCAGAGUCGCCUCUAAACACAAGCACGAUUGGAUUAUACUCGUCAUCUUGAUUGCCAUCGAGAUUGGCUUGAACCUCAUCUCUCCUUUCUACCGAUACGUGGGGAAGGACAUGAUGACGGACCUCAAGUACCCUUUCAAGGACAACACCGUCCCUGUCUGGUCUGUCCCGGUGUACGCGGUGCUUCUUCCCAUCAUACUGUUCGUCUGCUUCUACCUUAAGAGGAGAUGUGUGUACGAUCUGCACCACAGCAUCCUCGGUCUGCUCUUCUCCGUAUUGAUAACUGGUGUCAUCACUGACUCCAUCAAGGUAGCCACUGGACGCCCUCGUCCUAACUUCUACUGGCGCUGCUUUCCCGACGGCAAAGAGCUGUUUGAUGCGUUGGGAGGUGUGAUAUGCCAUGGCAAGGCAGCUGAGAUCAAGGAAGGCCACAAGAGCUUCCCGAGCGGACACACUUCCUGGUCCUUUGCGGGGCUUACCUUCCUCUCCCUUUACCUCUCUGGCAAAAUCAAGGCCUUCAACGGUGAAGGACACGUGGCUAAGCUCUGCCUCGUGAUCUUCCCUCUGCUUGCCGCUUGCCUCGUGGGGAUAUCUCGUGUGGAUGACUACUGGCACCACUGGCAAGACGUCUUCGCUGGAGCUCUCAUCGGCAUCCUUGUCGCCGCCUUCUGCUACCGUCAGUUCUACCCCAACCCUUACCACGAAGAGGGAUGGGGUCCCUACGCCUAUUUCAAGGCAGCCCAAGAACGAGGAGUCCCUAUGACCUCCUCCCAAAACGGAGAUGCCUUGAGGGCAAUGUCUCUGCAGAUGGAUUCAACUUCUCUCGAAAACAUGGAAUCAGGCACUUCCACGGCUCCCAGAUGAUCCUUGUCUUUUAUUAUUUGAUUCAUUAUUUGGUUUUUCAUUUUGGCCGUCGUCGUGAGAUUGUGGAUGGUGUAGCUACAUAUAUAUGUGUAUUCAAACCUCUACUUGUGCCCUUACACAUUUGUAAAU